AUGGAGUCGCUGCAGCCACCUACCACCACCACCACCACCAACACCACUGACCGAACUAUCUCAUGGUACGAGGUACCAAAAUGGCGGCAAGGCAACAAAUACAUUCUCAGCGGCUACCGGAGGGAACUUCCCAACCACCGCGCAUUGCUCGACGGCCUCAAGUACCUGCACAACGAGACGUGCAACGUGUACACGCACAUCCUCGGCGCGCUGGGCCUGCCCGUCAUCGCCGUCAUCGUCCUCUCCGCCCUGCACUCGCAGCCGCGCUUCUCCGGCGUCUCGGGUGGUGACUAUGCCAUCUUCCUCAUCUUCUUCUGCUCCGCUGAGAUUUUCCUGCUCCUGAGCAUCAUGUUCCACCUGUUCAGCGCGCACUCGGAGGCCGUUCAGCGCUUCUGGUACCGGAUGGACCUGCUGGGCAUGGUCGUCGCCACAGAGGGCACCCUCAUCUCGGCCAUUUACUACGUCUUUUUCUGCUCGCCUCUCUUGCAAAAGCUUCACUGGUUGAUUGUUAGUCAUUCUGAAGCGCCCGACGAGCGCUAUCACCACCGUGCUGAUGUUUAUACCAGCUAUUCAAGCGCCGCGCUGGAAACUCGUAAGAAGGGGCGCCUACGUCUUACUUAG